AUGUCAGAAAUUAAAAAUGCAAACAUCAGUUUAGAGCAAGAAGCAACUAACUCAUUUAUUGCAUCAUCAUCUCUUGAACUUAUACGCAGUUCAACCUCUAGUGGAGAUUCCAACUUGAAUAGACAAAAAAGAUCAUUUGAAACUCAUUCAUCAGUGACAAUUGAUGGUAAAAAGUACAUGAAUAAAGAUGAUUUCAUAGCAGCCAUAGCACCAGGCGAAGAUUACAAAAAAAUUAAAAAAGAACAAUUUGGUAUAUUAUUUAAAGUUGCUGACACUAGUAAUAAAGGUUUAAUUUCUUUACAAGAUUUUAUUAUAUUUGAAAAUCUGUUAUCAAAACCUAAUGCAGAAUAUGAAAUUGCUUUUAGAUUAUUUGAUGUUGAAGGUAAAGGCAAAAUUACCAUCAAUCAAUUUAAAAAGAUAUUAACAUCAAAUUUAGAACCUGAUAGUGUACCUUUUGACUUUGAUUGUGAUUGGUUGAAAUUGUAUGUUGGGAAAAAACCUGGUCUAAAACAUGAUUUAACUUAUGAGGAAUUUACUCAGUUGUUGAAAGGAUUACAAGGUGAAAGAUUGCGUCAAGAAUUCAAAUAUUAUGACAAAGAGGGUAUUGGUUAUAUUAAGCCUGGCGAAUUCAAAAAAAUGAUUCUUUCAAUAUCAAAGCAUAAAUUAUCCGAUUACGUUUUAGAACAUUUGCCUACUUUAUGUAACGUAUCAACAACCAAAAAAAUAAGUUAUGCAGCAGUAGUUGCUUUUCAUAAUGUGUUGAGGCAAAUGGACAUGGUGGAAAGAAUUGUGAUGAAGGCUAUUUCUGAGAGUAAAGAUGGUAGAAUCACUAAAAAUGAUUUUCUUAACACAGCUGCAAAAGAAACAAGAUUCUCAUUGUUCACUCCUUUAGAAACCGAUAUAAUAUUUCAUUUUGCUGGUUUAGGAAAUCCCUCUGGUAGAUUAGGCAAGAAAGAUUUUGUUCAAUUAUUGGAUCAGCAAUGGCAAAGGCCACCAGUAAUUAAACCUUUAAUAGAAAUUGAUAGUGAAAAAUUAAAGAAGGUGACUGGUGAAAGAACUGGUUUCAUAUGGAAUGUACUUCAUCAAGUCUACUCUUUUGGAAUGGGUUCAAUAGCUGGGGCUGUAGGUGCAACAGUUGUGUAUCCUAUUGAUUUGGUUAAAACAAGAAUGCAAAAUCAAAGAUCAAAAGUUGUUGGUGAAUUAUUAUAUAGAAAUAGUAUCGAUUGUUUUCAUAAAGUUAUAAAAAAUGAAGGUGUAAUGGGUCUUUAUAGUGGUCUGGGUCCUCAAUUAAUUGGCGUAGCACCUGAAAAAGCCAUCAAAUUAACAGUUAAUGAUUUAGUAAGAUCACUUUUGACAGAUAAAGAAACUGGUAAAAUUCCAACUAGAUACGAAAUUUUGGCAGGUGGGACAGCAGGAGGUUGUCAAGUGAUUUUUACAAAUCCAUUAGAAAUAGUAAAGAUUCGACUUCAAGUACAAGGGGAAUUAUCAAGAAAUUUAGUAACAAAGGUGCCGCCUAAAUCAGCUAUAUGGAUAGUUAGAAGUCUUGGUAUAGUAGGGUUAUAUAAAGGAGUAAAUGCAUGUUUAAUAAGAGAUAUACCAUUCAGUGCUAUAUAUUUUCCUUCUUAUGCACAUAUAAAAAAAGAUCUGUUCAAUGAUGGCGUAAAUGGUAAAAGAUGUAGUAUAUUUGAAUUGUUGUUAUCAGGAGCGUUGGCUGGUAUGCCAGCUGCUUAUUUGACUACACCUGCUGACGUUAUAAAAACCAGAUUGCAAGUCGAAGCCAGGACAGGACAAACACAGUAUAAUGGUAUAAUUGAUGCUACUAAAAAGAUUCUCAAGGAAGAAGGAUUUGGUGCAUUUUUCAAAGGUGGGCCUGCCAGAGUUUUCAGAUCUUCGCCGCAAUUUGGCACAACGUUAAUGGUUUACGAGUUGUUACAAAGGUGGAUUCCUUGGAAUGCCAAGGCUUACACCACCACUACUGCUGCUAAAACCGAUAAUAUUGGUGGUGAUAGUAGUAGAGAUCUCGAUUAUUUAAAGAGUAGAAACGCUUUAAAAAUUUUGUUGGAUUUGGAUUACAAAUUUGGAGUUUCUCCAAACAAUAUUGAUAAACCAAUUAUACCAA